CAACGGCUCCUCGCGUCGAUCAGUCUGCGCGAGUCCAUGGUCGGACAAGGAUCGGCUUUUCAUUCAGUGUGGGUAAUUUCCAUAUGCCAAAACGUAAAUCACAGGAAUUAGCCAGUGUGAGCCGGCACUUGUACCACGAUAUCAUUGAUAAUUGUUGAGUCGGCUAUGGUAGACAGUGAUUCCAAGUGAAAAGGGUCAUUUUUUGUCAGACGGGCGAGAUCUCGGAUAUUUUUCCUAACGAGUAAGGUUGAGCAUCAAGCAAAUUAAGAACAAAAACAAUUGCAUAAUCGAUGAUAGCGAGGCGAUGAGCGUGAGGGACUGAGCGAGGGAAAAAAAUUUGACAAAAAGUGUUUGACAAUGAUGCAGAGUGAGGCAAGACAGAGGCCAACAGAGUGCACAGGAUCAUUACCGGAUAUUGCUGUGACAAUGGCUUCAGGACAAGAAAUUCAUGGAGUAUUCAGCCUAGUCGUGGACGACGUUGAUUCAUCAUCAAUACUCAGCGAGCAGCCAGAUUGCGAGGCUCUGUCCACCGAAUGCAGUUCUCAGAACUCAAGUUCACAAACACCACUGGACAGUCCCGGUGGUCCACGUGAGAGAAUCAAACAGAUUCAAGUUGAAGCUGAAACACGUCGCGAUGAGUUUGCAAGGCUGCUUGAGGAGCACGCACAGGUCGUAAGAAAAUUGAAGAUAAUGGAGGCCGAAGAGCAGUUGUCAGCGACUAGUGGAAAUGUCGUGCAUCCAACUCACGCGUGAUCAUACAGUCAUUGAAAACCAAAAAAAACAAUCAAUGGAAUUCAGAUCAAUGGGACCAUAAGUUUGGUCUUGAAGUAUUAAGAAAAGCUAAUUUUCAAUGAUUUUUAAGGACUGAUGUUCAUUGGUUGUUCUUAUUCUUAAAUUCCACGUGAGAUGAUUUUAGUUGAAAGUUGAUAUUUUUUCCAACCUAAUGACCUUGUUCAAUCAUAUAUCCAAGUGGGACAGUUCAUUUUCGCAAGGGGCUUGAAGACAAAUGAUACUGAAGGAAUUUUAUUGAAAUAAUAAGUCUAAAUAUGACCUUCUCGUUUGGAUAUUAGCAGCAAACAGCAGAAUCGUAAAGAUAUGAUAAAAAUAUAUCAUCAAAGUCUGACAAUUUUCUCCUGACAUGUGACAAUAAAAAAAUAAUAAACAUUUAAAUGCAACACUGUGUAGGCCUAACACUACUCCCUUGUAAUGAUAACGUAGAAGGAGAAAAUGUGAGCAGAAAUGAGAGAAUUGCGAGCUCAUUGGCAUUGUAAUCAUAGAAGUGUGAAGAUGUUACUAGAAUAAUGGCCCUGACACAUCUUCUGGGCUGACCCGACGUCAUUGUAACCUAGGCUUACUGAAAAGAAAAUAAGUUUAAAACCCCUCAAAUAGAAUAACCGAACGAAUAAAGAGAGAAUCGCUGAUUUUACGUUAAUGUUCAUAGACUAGUGAUAGGGCUUUGAUUGUACAGUUGAAGUAAAAUACAUGUAUAAACCCAAAUGUAUGAUCACAUAUAGUAGGGUGGCAAUAAUGUGGCAAUACUGUUUUCUAGAAAAAUUAUAACAAAACGCGAAAGACUGUUGAGAGGUGUGAUUCGAUCGUCGGACGGAGACUAUUUAAUUUGUGGUUUCUUUUUAUUUCCACGGUUAGGUUACAAUACUAUGAUAAUAAUAGAUGUGAUUACGGAUACAAUUAAUGUUAUUCCGUGAUCGUUUUUAGCGAUAACUAUCGAUUUUGUAAUGGUGAACAUGAUAAAAACUUUGUAUGAAGCUGAGAUGAAUGCUUUUGGGUCAAAUAUAAUUCUCAGGGAAUUGUGUUUGACCUGUUAUAACUUUACACCAAUUAGAAAUAAUGCACUCAUUGUAAGACGUGAAUUAUAAUAAACAUAACAGAAUAAUGUAAUAGUGUUUAGAAAAUGUACCAUUGAAAAUAUAUAAUGAAUAUAUAUUUUAUUGA